GUGGUGUCCGUCUGCGCCGGCUGCGUCCACUCCCUGGCGUUGUCCGCCGACGGCGCCCUCUUCGCGUGGGGCGCGGCGCUACAGGCCGGCGCCACGGACUCCGCGGGCGUGACGGAGCGGCCAGAGGCCUCCUGGCUCCCCCGCCUCGUGGCGCCCGGGCCGAAGCUGCCGCUGGUGCGGGUCGGCGGCGCCUCCGGCGGCGGCUGGCAUUCCCUGGCGUCGGCCAGGCCGGCGUCCCCGAUGGACGGCUUCGUGAGCACGAGCUCGGAGCACCACCCGCCGCUGCAGGGCUUCUGCGACGGCUUCCUGCUCUCGGGCGUGGACUCCUCGCCGCUGGAGGAGCGCCCAAUGCCGGAGACGCUGGAGAUCAGCAAGGAGGCGGUGUCGGGCAACGGCACGCUCGAGAACGUUGGGAUCAAGCUGGAUGGCCAGUUCAAGUGCCCGCACUGCAGGCAGGCCUUCUCGGACGACAAGGCCCGCCAGCUCCACCUGAAGUUCCAGUGCCCCACGGCCAUCGCCAAGCAGAUCAACCCGAUCGGGGACUAG